GCUCAUCGCUACAUGUGAUUUGAGAGGGCCGGUCUUUCAGGCCUGGAAGAAACUCAAGCCCCGCCAGCCGCUUGGCAUCGGAAUGCUCAGCUGGUCCCCUCCUGGGGCUCAUGUGACCGGGGUCCAGCUAUAAAUAUCAGAGGGGCCUCAGCCCAAGACAGAAUUCGGGCGCCAGGAGAAGAAGACAAAGAGGCUCCGGGUGGGUGUUUUGUGACACAGGCAAGACCCCAGGUCUGCUUCGAGUGAGGCCGGUGGAGGAGGCAUCCAGGUGGGGCCACACCUUCCGACAAUAUGGAUUAUAAGUCAAGCCUGAUCCAGGAUGGGAGCCCCAUGGAGAACCUGGAGAAGCAGCUGAUCUGUCCCAUCUGCCUGGAGAUGUUUACCAAGCCGGUGGUCAUCUUGCCGUGUCAGCACAACCUCUGCCGGAAGUGUGCCAAUGACAUCUUUCAGGCUGCAAAUCCCUACUGGACCAACCGGGGUGGCUCGGUGUCCGUGUCUGGAGGCCGUUUCCGCUGCCCCUCCUGCCGCCAUGAGGUGAUCAUGGAUCGUCACGGAGUGUACGGUCUGCAGAGGAAUCUGCUGGUGGAGAACAUCAUUGACAUCUACAAGCAGGAGUGUUCCAGUCGGCCCCUGCAGAAGGGCAGCCACCCCAUGUGCAAGGAGCAUGAAGACGAGAAAAUCAACAUCUACUGCCUUACCUGUGAGGUGCCCACGUGCUCCAUGUGCAAGGUGUUCGGGGCCCACAAGGCCUGCGAGGUGGCCCCGCUGCAGAGCGUCUUCCAAGGACAAAAGACUGAGCUGAGUAACUGUAUCUCCAUGCUGGUGGCGGGGAACGACCGUGUGCAGACCAUCAUCACUCAGCUAGAAGACUCCUGUCGAGUGACCAAGGAGAACAGUCACCAGGUGAAGGAAGAGCUGAGCCGGAAGUUUGAUGUACUGUAUGCCAUCCUGGAUGAGAAGAAGAGUGAGUUGCUGCAGCGGAUCACGCGGGAGCAGGAGGAGAAGCUCAGCUUCGUCGAGUCCCUCAUCCAGCAGUACCGAGAGCAACUGGACAAGUCCACUAAGCUGGUGGAGACAGCCAUCCAGUCCCUGGACGAGCCUGGUGGGGCCAUCUUCCUCUUGAGUGCCAAGCAACUCAUCAGAAGCAUUGUGGAAGCUUCCAAGGGUUGCCAGCUGGGGAAGACAGAGCAGGGCUUUGAAAACAUGGACUACUUUACUUUGGACUUAGAGCACAUAGCAGAUACCCUGAGGGCCAUUGACUUUGGGACAGAUGAGGAAGAGGAAGAGUUCAUUGAAGAAGAAGAAGAUCAGGAAGAGGAAGAGUCCACAGAGGGGAAGGAAGAUGGAUGCCAGUAAGGAGCUGGAUGAGGGAGAGAUCCUCUGGAUGCAGAGAGACUGGGGAGGGUGGAGAUGGGCCCAGCUGCCUUGGUGA